AUGGAGGCGAAGAUAAGCAGAUGCGAUGGGCAAGCGAUAGAGAAGUUGGCUAGAGAAAAUUUGAGUUUAAUCGUCCAGCAAAUGAAUGGAAACCCUAGUGUUUCUGAGCCUUGUCGUCGUGUUUAUGAGUGCAAAGACUGCGACAAGAAGUAUGAUACAUUCCAAGCUCUCGGUGGUCAUCGGGCAAGCCACAAGAAGGUUAAGCUAAGCGGUUCAGAAAAUUCAUCUCCUUGGACGUCCCUUCAAAAGUUGCAUGGAUGCAAGGUUUGUGGAGUGGAGUUUGCUAUUGGACAGGCCUUGGGAGGACACAUGCGGCGGCACCAUGGACUGAAACUGGGAAACAGCACGAUGGUGGAGGUGGAUAAUGAGCUACAGCAGAAAAAGGACGAGGAUGAUAAUUAUGAUAACUCAUGGCGGCAAGAGGUCAACUGUGCGCUGCAUGAUACGGGCGAUGAUCAGUUAAGGCAGCCGGCGGAAGUUGUGAAGUAUUUACAGACGUCCGGUGAGGAUGAGAUGGCGGAGACAGCUAAAGAAUCUACUGCGGUGGUGCCACGAGAAGAAUUUAAGUGUUGUGAUUUGAACUUACCUCCAGAAGAUGAUGAUAGACACAAUGAGUUUCAAGUACGCAGUUAUUAUAACUUUCUUUAA